AUGGAGCUGCCGCUUGCGGAUAUCGAUUCCGCCAUAAUUACGUCUAUGGAGAGGAUGAUAAGCGAGGUCCGAAAGGAGAACGAAGAGCUCCGACUGAAGCUUGCGAGGCUGAAAGGCAACAAGCCUCAUACCCGUACCCUUCAGGAGUUGCCUGUCGAAAUAUUGCUCAUGAUCGCGGGUCAUCUUGAGGACACGGAUGAACUCCGUGCCUUUAUGCAGACAUCCCAAAAGCUUCAUUGCGUAUGGCAUGAAAACAAGGUGCAAUUUAUCACGAGGAUGUUGGGAAUGGUACCUGACGUGCUGGAAGAGGCAGCUUCCGCCACUCGCUUCCUUACCACACAGAUGGACGACGGCAGCUUUUGGGAAAUGGACAGCAACUACUGGGUAGUUGACGGCAGCAUCGGGGUUCCAUUAUUUCCCGCUCAUAUCUGUAUCGCCACGAAAGGUGCCUUGUCCUUUGUAGGCAACAAAAAUCCAUGCCAUCCAAACAGCUGCACCUUCCAGGAUGCCAUGAGGUUGGAGAGGACGCACCCUUUUGUGCGUAGGCUGGCGGAUAUCUACAUCGAACAGUGCGCGGCGUCGAACCCAGCGCUGUCGGCGACCCUCAGCUCGCGCCCCGUCACGUCACAAGAGCGGGCGCGGAUAGAGAGAGCCUUCUACCGCUUCGAGACCUUUCGCCGGGCGUUUGCACCAUUCGAAGGACAUGGACACUGCCAGAUUCCCGAUUCGUUCACAGAUGACUGGCUCCAGAACCCUAUCCCCUACCUCGUCCAAGACUUCAAGCAGAGUUUCGACGCGGUGGAGCUCAUCCAACUGCACUGCAUCUACGGUUUCCUCAAGAGGCUGGUCACGCCGGCGAUCAACGACCUGAUUUGGCACAGUUGUCAUCUUUCCGAAAUGAAUCUCGUCGAGGACUGGGCCACCGAUCAUCGAGUGGCACCUCUGAUCUUCCGAGGCCUGCAAUUCGUGUAUGAAAUGUGGGCCGCUUUUAGGAACCGGCGCAUGUCUGUCUUGUCCUGUUGUAUCCGCAUAAUGGGUCCCUUGAGUUUUCAGCCCUAUCUAGGAGCAAUGUACGACACCGCUUUCUACGACGUCCUAUACGCGGAACUUCAUACGAAGCACAAUGCCAGCGUCCAGGAUAUCAAGAGCAGAAUCGCCAUCCACGACAGAGACACGAGCCCUCGUGACGCCUGCCUUGCAGUCGCAUCCUCCAUCCAGGCGAUGGGUCAGCAGGACUUGGUGACCUUACGUGAGGAGAUGGACAGCGUUGCACCGCACAGGAGGUGGGGAUUCGUCAUGUGGGAUCACUCACGGCUGGAGCUGAUGGGCUUCUUCAAGCAGCAGCAUGACGCGCCACCUGGUUCGGGGAUCGGCCCCGCGAAAUAUAUCCUGUCUUCAACAGCGUUUACCCUUGGUCAGCAUCGUCUUGCCAACCUCCCGUAUUUCGACCGACAACCUUGGUGGGAGAGGGCUCCCGGCCCGUUUCCCCAUGGACCUAGGCUAUAUGAUACAUGGUAUCCUCUAGCUAUGCCCCAGAACCUGGGUGUUGUAGAGCAGGUAGAUCAGGAAUGA